UCUACAGUCAGCUCCUGAGUGAAUGGACUCAGCCUGAUGAAAAAGUGAGCAUGUUGAAAGAGGACAACAGAAAGCUGCAGGGGGAACAGAUUUUACUACAAGAGUCCUGCGAGGAGGCGAGGAGGCUCUGUGAGGAGGCCCAAGGGAAGAUCUGUGAUCUCUGGACAAAGCAGCAGCAGGAACAUCAAAGACUCGAGGAAAAUCUUCAGUCCCUGAGGAAGCAGAAGGAGCUGCUCACCCAGCAAAGGGACUUGGCAGUAAAGCUGCAGCAUCAUUUCACUGUGUCCCAGAUGAGGUUUGAAAACCUCCAGCAGGAACUGGAGCAGACCACAGCCCAGGAUGAGAGCCUCCUGCAGAUGGAGCUGCUGAAGCAGAAACACUAUGUCCCAGGCAACACCUGUUAAGAAGACUGAGAAGGCUGGGUGAAGCCAGAAACACCUUGAAGGCAUGACAUUCUACACUCCAGGUUCAAGGCCUCCUCAGAAAAUGCCACCUCUUUUCAGCUUUGAACUCAAUAGUGAGGCAAAUAUCAACCUAUCAUCAGGCGAUCCAGCCUCAAUCUGAUCCAUAUCAGUGGGCUCACUAUCACUGGAGAAAAUUUUGUGUCAGAAAUAAGUCUAAAAUACAGAGAACACAAGACAAUUUAUUAAGAACCCUGACUCCAUAUGUGAUGGGAAAUCUGACAAGCAAGACUGUGUUAACGUCACACUGCCAUCUAGACAAAACACACCAAAAGCACAAGAGUCUCUCUACUGCAGUGCCGAAG